GGGGGGAGGGACACAAAGUGGUGCAUUUGCCUCUGACGCCACUUAACUUUCUAGCUCUGGAGUGAGCUGACUUUCCCUGCCCUCACCCCUACCCCCAGGGACCUUAGCCAGAAUUAGAACGCAGGGGUUUCAGCCAAACCAUCCAGGAUCUAGAAAACAUGAAAAUCCCCGGAAUCCCAGUGUGGCCUGGGACUCAUUAACCGGGACUUGCAGAUGUAGUCGUUCAUAUUACCCCCAAAUUUCCCUUCCUUCCAAUCCCUCCUUCUAACCCGAGUGGGAGCUCCGCGAUGCUUUAGACUUCCGUGUGCCUGAAGAACCAACACCCCCCUCCCCGCGCCUCUCGGGCUCCGCUAACCCGAUUGCAGUUCUUCCAGAUUAAAACCAAGAAAAGAACUCGUUUAGGAAUUACUUUCCUUUGCCAACGCAGAACCCGAGCCCUGCGGAGCUCCCGGCGGCCAGGCCUCGAGGCGCUGCGGCCGCGCGGCGCGCCCCUGCCAGCCCGCACCAUGAACACCAUCGUCUUCAACAAGCUCAGCGGCGCCGUGCUUUUUGAGGACCGCGGUGCUGCGGAGCGGGAACGGGGCAGCCGGCCCUAUGGUGGCGUCCUGGACAGUGCCCACGCCCGCCCCGAGGUGGGCAUUCCGGACGGCCCGCCCCUCAAGGACAACCUCGGCCUGAGACACCGGAGGACUGGGUACGCGCACCCUCCCGGGACCCCCGCCCGCCUGCAGCCGGGACAGUGGGAGCGGGCCAGGCAGAACGGCGGGAAGGUGAGGCACAAGCGGCAGGCCCUGCAAGACAUGGCGCGGCCCCUGAAGCAGUGGCUCUACAAGCACCGUGACAACCCGUACCCCACCAAGACUGAGAAGAUCCUCUUGGCGCUCGGCUCGCAGAUGACGCUCGUGCACGUGUCAAAUUGGUUUGCUAAUGCAAGACGUCGGCUUAAGAAUACCGUUCGACAGCCAGAUUUAAGCUGGGCUUUACGAAUAAAACUGUACAACAAGUAUGUUCAAGGAAACGCUGAGCGACUUAGUGUAAGCAGCGAUGAUUCAUGUUCUGAAGAUGGAGAAAAUCCUCCAAGAAACCACAUAAAUGAAGGGGGCUAUAAUAAUCCAGUUCAUCAUCCUGUGACUAAAAGUGAAAGCUCAGUCAUAAAAGCUGGAGUGAGGCCAGAGUCACAGGCCAGUGAGGACUACGUAUCACCCCCCGAAUACAAGAGCAGCUUAUUGAAUCGUUACCUUAACGACUCCUUGAGACAUGUCAUGGCCACAAAUGCUGCCAUGAUGGGAAAGACAAGGCAAAGAAACCAUUCGGGAUCUUUUAGUUCCAAUGAAUUUGAGGAAGAAUUGGUGUCUCCCUCAUCAUCAGAAACCGAAGGCAACUUUGUCUACCGUACAGGUUCCUGCCAUGAUCCCACCUGGCUCCUCCAAUCUGGUUUUCCACUACGGCAAGAGGGAGCUUUCUAUGAUCCACAUCUGAUCAUACCACUGCAGAUGAACUGUGAGUAGAGAAGCUGUCAUUUGCUACUCCUCGGAAAGAUCCAAGAAGUUUGUGAACGUCAUCUCUUUUAUUGUGUCAUUUCUGCUGUUAAUGCAGUCAGACAGGUUUAACAGCAAGGUCUCCUAGUCUCUAGUGCCAUUUCUGGAGAUGGUAAUUUGAGGAAUUUGAAAAGCAUGGCAAAAAUGUGAGCCAAUUCAAAGAUACACUACAGUUCAUAUAUCAAAGGAAAAAUACUUUUUGAUGGUUUCUCAGAGAUACUGAAGAGCUUGAAAAUACAUAGAUGGAAAAAAAAAAGAAAAAGAAAAUACAUGGAUGGAGCCAGACUCUCCAGCCAGUUUCUAGAUCAUUACAAAUGCAUAUUUUUCCAUUUCUUUUUAUUGAAGAUAGACCUAUUAAUACUUCACAACCUAACACUAUGCAGCUACACAUUCAUUUGACAAGUCAACCUUCUAGAACUGCAGUGUGGCAGCUAUAUCAUUGAUCUCGGGAAAAAGAGUUCUUGUGCUACUGAAGAACUUAGAGGAUGAAUAUCAAUGUCAACUUUGGGCCAGAAUUAAGGGUUAGCUAAGAAUUGGUAAGUCCAUCCAGUUUUCAAAACUAGUAGCCCAACUGGAAUGUAAAUGGAGUGCUUUUAUAAACAAUUAAUGCUCCUUGCAACACACAGGGAGUUAUUCAUGCAUAGUUAGGAAGUCAUUUUCUGAGACUUUGGCUGGAAACGUAGCUUUCAUGGAUGAAACAUUUUGGGUAACAUCUCCAAUAUUCCCCUUGCGAAAAUGAAGUAACGACAUCCAUUAGACACUUCAAGUUUGCAGCUCUUCUUUCAUGUGGCUCCAGUCCUCUUGGUCUUGGCAUGUUGUGAUAGUUUGGCACAAAGUAGCAUCAUUUUGUCCUUGACGAUGAUAGAUUCUGCACACUUAAUCCAUUAAUCUGAGCUGAUGGACUUUGCCCAGAGUUAAAAUAUUUUGUUCUUACAUAAUGGUUUUCUUAUUAAAUCUCUGAACAAUACUCUUUUACGGGUGACUACAUUCAACCCCAUAUUCUAGAUGUAAAAAGUAAAGUGAGAGGAGGUUAAUUUUUUUUAAUUUUAUGAGGAUUUAUAUAGUGCUUGGUGUAAGUGCUCAAGCUCUCUUCUGUUUUAGAAAAUAUUCAAUCAUAUGGUCCUCAAAAGAAGUUUAUGAGUCUUGUGCUAUUAGACCCAUUAUAGGUGAGAAAGCUGAAGCACAAGGAAGUCAAGCGGCUGGCCAGCUGAGAUAGUAAGUAGUAGAGCAAGAGUCCAACUCCUGCUGUCUGGUUCCAGGGUCUGGGCUCCAACCACUGCACUAAACUGUCUCUGCGCCUCACACUAGACCAGCCUUGUAGUUAAUAACAAUGAACUAAGGACAGAAAUGAGAAUAUUUAACAUUUCCAAACCCCCUUUCUGGUCACUCACCAACAAUUUCCUCCCCAUAGACAGCAUUCUCAUUUUCAAAGUGAAGUUUCAAAGUGAAAGUCUUAGACUUUGGAAAGGUGGAACCUUUGAGAUCACAGAGGAGCAAUCUUGGUAGAUUGGGAUUACGCAGAACAAUUUAGCAUCAAGAAUAUUUAGUGAAAAAGAUUGAAAGUGAAGUUAAGGCAUGACAGAUGGGUGGUACUCUGCUUAUUUGAAAAGUUCCUUUCAAAUUAUAAGUCCCACUUCCUUCACCUUUAGUCCUCCAGCCUAGAUUGAUGCGUCAGAAUACCUGUGCAUUUUACAAUAACAAAGGUACCACUUGGAAUUAACAAGGAGCCAUUAGUCUCAAGUUCUUAUGCUCUGCAUAGCAAGGAAAGCCAUCAAGGCUAGACUCCCUAACUGAUAAGGAGCCAAGCAACGGUUUCACAGGUUUGCACACAGACUGCUGGGGUCUGUGCCUUCAUGGGUACUGCUGGAAAAAUAAAGAUAUUCUGUUGUUCUUAAUGGAAAUAUAACCUACCCUGAAAGCUUUGAGAUGUCAACUUACCCUACCCUGACCAGGGAGCUCUUUGCUAUUGGUCCAGAAGAGAGGGAUGUGGUUUCUAAUUUUUAUUUCCUGGCAGGAGUUAGAGGAGAUGAUGCAUUGACAGGCAGCUGAAGGUGGGGACCCUGUGGAUCCAGGACAUCUGGGCAUCAUUAGCCAUAGUGAGGGGCCAGCCCACAUGAGAGGUAGCAGGAAGGAAAAGAAUCUAUGGCCAGAUGGUGGAAGUCAUGGCUGGAGGAAACACUGGCUUAAUUUUUGGAAAAGAUUUUUCUUCAAACUCUGAAAUGACUUUGGAAGCCACUCGUUCUUUAAGGCCUCAGGAUAAAUAAUUUAGCUAGUAUAUUGCAAAAGGGAAAAAAUUGUAACUCUAUCCAUGAAGAUGAGGUGGGUUUCAUUUUAUAAUUCUCACUAUUCAGAAAGCUUGCACAACUCCCUCGUCUCAAGGCUGUCGAAACUCAGUCUUCAAUAACUCUUCUGCAAGCAGUGUCCUUGAUACUCGCCAAGCUCAAUUGCAAUCUCUUCCUGUCAUGCUAAAGUUUUGAAGUAGAACUCACUUCUGGUCAUAGUGGAUCUGGAAGAAGCAGUUCAGUCAUCAACAGAUACGUGUUGCAGGUUGUUGGGUAUUUUUUUCCUUCCUGCUGAGGCAAACAUCACUUAGAAUGAUUUAUCAUUACUCAUUCAGAAGCUCUGACUACCCCAAAGAGAGGCUAACCACAAAAAUUUCUUCUAAAAGUGAUGUAGCCACAGCUGUCUAGGAGUUAUUUAGCAGUAAUUCACUCUGGGCAAUAGAAGAGUGAUUAGAAGGAUAUCACAUCUAUUAAAAUGUCAAUCUAAUUAAAGCAUGGGAGAGAGCUCAAGAGAGCUUAGAGUCCCUAUUCUGUGAUUUGGAUAGACUUUUUUACUUUACAGAUUAAAUCAUAAGCUGGAAACAAAGUCUCUUUGCAUCUCUGUGGUCUAAAAUACUAACAAAAAGAAAAAAAAAGAUUCUUAAUAGAUUAAUAGGUUGUCAUUCAGUAGGGUUUCUAGUAAACAGCA